ACAUCGCGGGUUAGUUUCAUAAGGGUUCCGGAAGCGACUCUGACUGAGGACGGUAAGGCUGUAAUUUACGAGCUUUACAAUGACCAGAUCGGCAUUGCGCAAUUUCAAAAGAAAUGCGCGUCCGUGAUGCUACGAUUCACAUGUUUGGCUGCACGUCGGGAACUCGCACUCUGUUCAUGGAAGAGGAAGACUCUGUUUACUAAACUCGAGACCCAUUGCAAACCAUGGUGGUGGCAUCAGCGCGCGCGCCCCCAUGCCAGCUGCGCAGCUUCUCCAGAGCGCGCAUGGCAUCACCUGCGCAGACCGUCUGCGCCACUGGCUGGGCAGCGAUACAGACAUUAUAGUAAAGAAGCAGACAGGGACUCUAAGGACAAUGAGCAUCCUGGCAUCACAGUGGUGGGGAUCCCGGAUCCCAUCACGUGGAUCAGGAAUAAGUUCAUCUUGUUUUUAAUUGAACUGUAUUUUGGCUUGAAGUUCAGUGUGGAGUUUGACAGCGGUGUGAAACAGGCGGUGGUUCAUGUGUCGGCUAUGCUGUCCAAAGGAAAGUUUGAGGAGUUGAGAAGUGUGAUGUCCAGAGAGGCUGUUGAAAGUGUCAGGAAGAAAUGUAGAACUCUGUCAGAAGCCCAAAAAAGACACCUUGCAAUUUCCCUCGAUGACAUGAUAUUUCUGCUGCCUGAGGAUGUUUCCAUAUUCUUUGACCAAAGAGGCAGAAAGUUUGUUUACAUCACAAUGAGGCUUUGGUACCUGUCCAGCGCAGACGUACCCGAGGACCCCGAGAGCACCCGUAUCUUCAAGAUGGAUUUAACUGAAGAAGAUGGCCCUCAAAAGAAGAUCAUCACAGCUGUGUACGAGUUUUAUCGCGAGUUGACUGCUGGAGCUGAUCCAGAGUGGACGGUGACCCGGAUAUGGCACUGGAAGCAACUGGAGUAAAAAAGUGAGACCAAACAUCAUUGACUUUACCAGAGUAAAGCAAAAACCUCAUUUACACCUUAUGUUAACAUCCAUUUUGGUGGUCAGGUGAGACAAAUCAAUGUUUACACCUGUUAGUAACAUGUCUCAGAUGAACACUUAUGAUUGGAUUUCAAUGAGAGGGUCUGUUUUUAACUGUUUAAGUGUUUUAAACCCUUGUUAUAGUGCAGUAUAGUCUCUAAAUUACUGUUUAAAUGGGAUUUAGGUGAUCAGAUCGCAACCUGUCUUAGGCCCCGUUUACAAUGUCCUUUAUGUACAAAAUAAUGUGUUGGCUCAAUAACCGUGCAUUAAUUUUUUUGAGUUAUGACAACUUUGAGUGAAUUUAUGUUCAACCAACAAGCUAUAUUGAGUUAGAGAAACUUAAUUUGUAGCAUAAACACAAAUUUUUAAGUUGAUUACUCAAAAAAUUAAAUCGCUCCAACUACCAGAGUUGCAGCCCUGGAAUCAAUUAAUCUUAUCUGUUUCAGUUCAAAUCAACAGCUAACAUAACUUAUUUAACAUGUAUAUUUAAUUAACAAUUCAGAUAUUACUUGUCACUAGCAUUAGCUUAUAUGUAGUGAGUCAAUGUAGUGUUUACCUUCAUGCAUCUACUCUUCAGCACAAUAAACUUCAACAUUACAGAAACUCUUUUAAAUGUCAAACAUAACAGCAUUAAACACUAACAGGUCUUUCCCUUCACUAAAAACAAAUAAAUUAACACUUAAUUUCAACAUUUAUUCUCUUUAUCCAGUCCUAAUGCAAAGCAUGCCGGGAACUAGAAAUCCACUGCAUAAGUUAUCAAGACAAUUUCAUCAAGUUACUACUUUUUAAAAAAGCCAAUUAGCGCAGAAAUUUGAGUUUAAAUUACAGACAAUAUUAAGUUGAUGUAAUGAUUAUGUCAACAGAACUCAACAAAAUAAUGUUUGCAACUUAAAAGGUUUAAUUAAAACAAUAAAUUAGAAUUUUUAACUUGCAACCAUGCAUUUAUUUAAGUUGUGGAAACAGGUCCCCUGAAUUACUUUUUAGAGUGUACUGUAGCACUGACCACUUGUGAUCAGAUCACCUUAAUAUCAGGUGUAAAUGAGGUCAAAAAAAAAAAAAAAAAAAAAAAAAAAUCACUCGACAUCCACGAGAAACAGACUGUGUCUGAGAGGAGAAGACCUGUUCUCAUGUAGCAUCAGUUUAUUCAAUAAAAGAAGCCAUUAUAACAGUUAA